AUUAUGACUUGGAAAGGAUACCAGAGUUUAUUUUGGGAUUUAACUUUUGUUAAUCGCUUUUAAAUGUUUGCAACGGACGUGCCAUUACGUAAAUAUACUUACGUUUAAACUAUUCUUCGUAAAAAUUGCGCGUCAUAUUCAUCGUGGAGAAUUUUGGAAUAAAUUGGUCUUUGAGUUUAGAUAGUGGUCGGACAUCGACUUUAUCGAACGAACAGUAUUAACUUCGUGCAGAAUGAAGUCAUGAAGUGUUUACUUAGUAAACGGGUUCAGAGCUGUAUUUGUAUGUGUUUGGAGUGUUCUGAUUAGACUAUCAUGCUUCGUAGAAUGCCGUGAUAUAUUUUACUUUUUUUUGCGAAAUAAUUCUACGUGAUUUUGUUACUGUGACGAUUGUGUUUUAAUAAUUUUCUAUAUAACUGUUUUGACGAAGAAAAUUUGUCAACAAUAUGAGUGGUUGAGAUGUGAUAAGAUGCAUUAGUCGUGAAGAUGCCGAUUCCUCAUGGACGAGGAGGGUAGGCUCGUGUUUUGGAAGGGUGGCAUGUGGGAAGGGGGUGCCCCGACCCUCAGUUGUAAUACCUGUAAGAAGAGACGCUCUGAAAGAAUGGACGCCAACGAACGCCCUCAGGGCGAGCUCAAGAAACUAUCAGAGGAGAGUCUGACGCGGCAGCCUGAAGAGGUCUUUGACAUCAUCUGCAAACUUGGAGAAGGAUCAUAUGGCAGCGUUUACAAGGCAUUACACAAAGAGAGCGGGCAGGUGCUGGCCAUCAAGCAGGUGCCCGUCGACACGGAUCUGCAGGAGAUCAUCAAGGAGAUCUCCAUCAUGCAACAGUGCGACAGUCCCUACGUUGUCAAAUAUUAUGGCAGUUAUUUCAAGAACACGGACUUGUGGAUCGUAAUGGAAUACUGCGGCGCGGGUUCCGUGUCAGAUAUAAUGCGACUGAGGAAGAAGACGCUCUCCGAAGACGAGAUAGCCACCAUCCUGUGCGACACGCUCAAGGGCCUGGAGUACUUGCACCGGAGACGGAAGAUACACAGAGACAUCAAAGCGGGGAACAUAUUGCUCAAUACUGAAGGUCACGCUAAAUUAGCAGAUUUUGGAGUCGCUGGACAGUUGACAGAUACAAUGGCAAAGCGGAAUACAGUAAUUGGGACGCCAUUCUGGAUGGCGCCGGAAGUGAUACAAGAGAUCGGUUACGACUGUGUCGCGGACAUCUGGUCACUUGGCAUCACUGCCCUAGAGAUGGCGGAAGGGAAACCUCCGUACGGAGACAUACACCCGAUGAGGGCGAUAUUUAUGAUACCCACUAAACCUCCGCCGUCCUUUAGAGAGCCGGACCAGUGGUCGCCCGAGUUCAUCGACUUCGUCAGUCAGUGCCUCAUUAAGAACCCCGAGGAGCGAGCGACGGCUGAGUUUUUGUUAGCACACGAAUUUAUAGGCAACGCGAAGCAGGCCAGCAUCCUGAGCAGCAUGAUCGCGGAGGCGCGCGAGAUCCGCGAGACGCAGGCCUUCCGCGCCGCCACGCAGGCGCCGCCCGCCAAGGCCUUCGCGCCCGGCGGAGACGACUACAGCGAGGCCACGAUGAAGGCUCGCUCCUCGAGAGAAGCCACGCUGGUGCCCAGAGACGCGUCACUGGAGCUGGCCGCUGACUUAGGCACUAUGGUCAUUAACGACCACGACCUGGCGACCAUGAAACGGCACGACACCGACCCCAUGGACACGAACAGGCCGAAAUACAGGCCGCUGUUCUUGGAGCAUUUCGAGAAGAAGGAGGUCAAUCACCUCGGCAUGGCCGCCACCAACGGCACUCUCACCGGACCCCUCAGACUGUCGGACGAAGAGAGGGCGGCGCCGGCGGACGGCGCGCCGCUGCAGCGCGCGCUGCUGGACGACGGGAACUUCGAAUUCGUAAGUCAACUGCACGUCGUCACUCUGCUCGCGCUGCGGCCCCCUGUCGUUCCUGUCGGAGGGGGAGCUGGAGGCGUGCAUGGCGCGCCUGGACGCCGAGAUGGAGGCGGAGAUCGAGCGCCUGCACCAGCGCUACGAGCGCAAGCGCCGCCCCAUCCUCGACGCCAUCUCGCUCAAGCGCAAGCGCCAGCAGAACUUCUAGCCGCCACGCUGUGAGCGCGAGGUACCGCCGCGCCGCCGCCGCGCCGCCGCAGGAAUCCCGGCGUCUCGACGGCCCCGCUGCCCGCGAAUGGCCAAUUUCGAGAAUCUUCUUAUUUAACAUGCCUUGAAAUAGUUCACAAAUUAGCGCUAAUCACCAAAUGUAAUGAAUCCUGAAUCGGCCCGUGAUUGUGAUUUAUUGAAAAAUUACAAAGAUCUUUUUUAGUUUUUACCGGUAACGAUGAAAAAGGGCCUCGUAGAUUUUGGUUCAUUAGAACUGAAUUUAAUAAGUACGCAUCAAAUGAUUGAAAAAAUAUACUUAUUUAAUAGUACGUUUUCAAAAAAAAAACAAUUCAGUAUAGAUUGAAUAAAUAUUUCUUGUUUCAUACAGAGUGCUAAAAAUUGCAAUGUUCUUGUAACAUUGAACAUUAUGUAAAAUCAAACAAUUGUUUAUUCAAGUAGGCUCGUACGAGCACUUCUGAAGCUUAAUUUUACAAGGUUAAGUUUAAUGUCAAGCUUUAUAUGGCUUACGCUAAAGAGCUGGGCGAUAUAUUUUCUGCAAACUGUGAUUUUUAAAACAUCAUUACACCUCAAUAACGCUAUUGUGAUCUGUAGAUACGUACAAUGAUGCAUUUCGUUAACAAUUAUUUCAAUAUUCAAUCGAGAAAUAGUUUCAUGUGAGAAGCAGUGUUUCGGUUAAAUUUCAAACAAAACUUUUAUGAUUGGCCUAAUAUUUAUAAAAUUUCUAUCAAUUGGAACUUUUAGAUUUAGUCAAAUAAUAACCGGGUGCUUUGAAGGAGUAGAGGUGCCAAAUCGCUCAUGCAACCGCUAAAACUUGUUCCUAAUCUCAUUCAUCACUCAUUCGUAUCACGGCUUAAGCAUUUAAUUGAAAUAUUUCGGCCAAAUAUUGAAUAUUUGUAAUUUUCUCCGUAGAUUUAACGCGUUUGUGCGCGUGAUGCGUAGAACUCGUUGCAGAUGUUGGGGAACUAUCCUCCUGUAGAUAUAGUUUAGAUUAAGCUGUUAUCUUAGCUUAGAGAGUAGACUCUGAACUCGUACGUAAGGAUGCCGAGACAUAUCCGCGCAGUUUGCGGCCUGCGUAGUCCCGCUAGAUGGCGUUGAACGGUUUUGUAUUACUUGGACAGCACAAAUACUUCAUAUUUUUUAUAAUAGAUAAAAUUAACUCGUUAUAUGUACACAAGCGUUUUACCUGUGAAUAUUGACCUGAUUUAUACAUAUUAGAAAAGUCCUCUAGCGGGAACUUAAGAGUAUUUUCAUUGUGUGACAAAACCCCUUAUAAGAAUAUACGUAUACUAAUUUUGUAUAGAUAUAGUAUAUUGUAAUUAAUUCAUGACAAUAUUGUGUAUGUAGAUAUUAUUUUUUUUGAGGAUUCAUUUAAUUUCCGAAGGUGAAGUGUUUGUUUUGUAUUCAAUAACGUCGUCGUUUAGUUAAUUUAGUUCCUCGUUUGGAUCUCAGGCGUGUCAUCUCAAUUGUAUUAUACGUGUAAUUCUAUCUUAGAUAUAUUCACUCUUGUACAUUGUAGCGGGUUGUGAGAUUCGACAGAUAUAUUUCCAAAUUUAUAUGCAAAGGUAACUGUGUACUUUGCGUUAGUUUAACGGUUUGACAAAUGCUAUAUUUUAAUAAUUAGAUUUGUAAAAAUGUUCUUGUAGAGAAAAAGUUUUAAUGACAGAUAGGGUGACUGACCCGCGGAAUGGGGAUCGAGCCGUUGGAGGGACGUUGAUUGUUUGAAAUGUUAAAUCUUUGUGAUAAAUUUGAUGUUUAUCAAGUUCUAAACCCUCCCUCCCUCCUACACCCCGUGCCCCUCUCCCCGCCUGUACAGAUCAUAUUUUGCUAAAUGAAUAAUCUUCGAUGAGAUAUUGAGAAGUUACAAAUUUUUAGAAGUGCCAUUAAGUGUAAUAUAAUAGUAUUUUCGUACAUUCGAGCAAUAGAUUUAAAAUUUAGAGUGUUUUAUCUAUGGAGCGAUGGGAAGGUAAUCAAUGUGUUCGGCGUGCCAUUUGCGAUUGAAAUUUUCAUUUGAAAUUUUUCGCUUAUGUAUAUUGUAAGUUUUGAAAAUUGUUUCGUCCUGAUUUAUUGGCGAAAUAUUUAUUGUGAAAGGCGAUAUUGGUCAGCAGAAUAUCGGUGUAUUCGAUGAAUUUAUCAAUCUAUUUGGCUUUUGUUCGAAAUGUUAAGUGGUGCUAUUUUUGUUGCUACAUUCGACAUUUUUUCUUAUUUAUAUUUUGUGUCUGUUUAAACUCCAAUGAGUUGGAUAUUGCCAUGAAAUUGAAAUAUUCAUAUGUUUACUUAAAUUUUCGUUUAAUAUAAAGAUAUUAUUACUGUUGCCAUUAAUGGCGUUAUUAUAGAAAGAUACUUUGAAAACUUUGGCGUAUUUUGCUGGCCAUGAGUCUAAAAUUGGCCUACACAUACAUUAGAUAAACAUUUUCUCUAAAAAUUGUACAGGGUAACAAUUGUAAUACGUGUGUAAUUUUGCUAAAAGCGCAUUUCGCUUUUAUUUGCUCUUUAAGCGAUCAAACUGACGCUGUCGAAGGCAAUGGAAUGGGAACAUGGUUUGAUACUAAAUACUUUUAAAGGUUCGCGAUUUUGAACCUUAUCGCGAUAGAUGAUAAGGGUUAUCGGUAAAGGAUUGAGCUGUACGGAUUUCAGUAACGCGUCCAAUAGAGAGAAAAUUAAAUGAGUUUUGAUUUCAUCUAACAGUUUAUUUGUGAGUUUGUAAAUAUGUAAGAAUCCGUACAGCCGCAGCCGCCGGCGGAGGCCUCGCGUGGCGACCUUGCGACGAUCGUUUAUAUUCAAACAUGUUCCGAUGUAACUUUUAAUUCAUUUUUUUGAAAGUCACGAAAAAGUUUGCCUAAUUAUAGCGAAUGUGUGCCUGCAUCGAGCAAAACCAAUACUUACAUACAAGUUAAGGCGUUGUGAAAAUGUUAAUAAUGAAUAGAAAUGUUUGUAUUAUUAUUAAUUACUGUGGUUUCACUAAUGCGUUAUUUGUCGAGGAUUGUUCGACAUUGUGAAGUGUAAUCAAGAGUUUUUAAUAAUAAUAAUCCAUCAAUUCAAUGAUCGCUAGGUAACGUCGCCACGCGUACUGCCGCUUGUAAUUUGUCGUAGACGAGAAGUGCACUUUUGUAAUUCAGUAGCCAGUUGGAGUGUUGAUAGCUGUACGCAUUAUAUUUUUGGACGGAUGACUCACAGAUUAAAAAGGAUAAAUUAUAAACACGUUA